CUAAACGCACUGUCGUCCAUCCCACGGAACAAACCAAGCUAGAAUAACUCGAGCGGAAGGGCGCAGGCAAGAGAGGCAACCACCGCUUCCGCAGCAAAUCCUUCCCGAUUGUUGGAGAGCACGCCGAGAUCUGCCCCCCAUGGCUUCCGCGCCGACGCAGCCGCCCCUCCUCCCGGUCACCAACCCCACGGCCGCGGGCUCGGCGCCCGCCGCCACAGGCGGCGGCGGCGGCCUGGACGCGCCGAUGGCCACGCCGGCGUUCCGGCUCUUCAUGAGCCGGAUCUCCGAGUCGGCGCGCCGCUCGCUGUCCGACCGGCGCCCGUGGGCCGAGAUGGUCGACCGCUCGGCCUUCUCGCGGCCGGACUCCCUCUCCGACGCCACCUCCCGCCUGCGCCGCAACCUCACCUACUUCCGCGUCAACUACACCGCCGUCGUCGCCUUCGCGCUCGCAGCCUCGCUCCUGGCCCACCCCUUCUCGCUCCUCAUCCUCCUGGGGGUCCUCGCCGCCUGGUGCUUCCUCUACAUCUUCCGCGCCUCCGACCAGCCCGUCGCGCUCUUCGGCCGCACCUUCUCCGACCGCGAGACGCUGCUGGGGCUCGUCGUCGCCUCCAUCGUCGCCUUCUUCUUCACGCCCGUCGCGUCGCUCAUCAUCUCCGGGAUGCUCGUCGGCGGCGCCAUCGUCGCCGCCCACGGCGCCUUCCGCAUGCCCGAGGACCUCUUCCUGGACGACGCCGACGCAGCGAGCGGCAACAGCGCGGCCCAGGGGCUGCUGUCCUUCCUCGGGGCACCCGGAUCUAGGGUUUGAGGCGCCGGGCGACGAGAUCUGAGUAAAAAGGACCGGAGGGAGUACGAACUAAGAAUGCGACACAGUGCCUGGUUUUACAUGCUGGGUAGUGAGUUUCUAUGUUGCAACUUGCAAAUCUUGGAGCAGUUUUUUUUGCCAUCCCUGCUUAGGCUCAGGAAGGGUUUAUUUCUAAUACAAAUGCCAAAUAUGGUUUUAUUGUGAAAAUGAAGUGCAGCUUGUUGGGGGUGGUCGUUCUUGACAAAAUGUUUUGAGAGCAGCAUUGUUAUACUCAGGUGCCCAAUUCCUUUUUCUUGACUGUAGAAUGUGAUCCAUGUUGUGACUGACAUGGACUGUGAAAGUCUGAAUAGCUGCAAUUCUCAAGCUGCAGAUAUAUUCUUAUUGUAUACUCCAUCUGCAACCUACACCGUCAUAGCGUCAAAAAAGACUUACAUUAAGUUACAGAGGGAGUAGAUAUCAUGUUUGAUAAUGUUUUUUUAGGGGAUGUUUGAUAAUGUUUCUGGU